GUGGAAUGAACUUCGCCGUUGACGGUUCAUCAUAUGGAACUUUGGACUGCUCUGCGCCAUGUUGUGCAUGGAUGGUGCCCAUUGUGCCUGACGACUCUACUCACUUCUCCUUGGAAUGGAAGGCUGACAGCAAGGACUUUGAAUGGGAAGGUGCCAAGUUGUCAAUGUCAAUCAAUUGCUUGGUUCCUGAGUCGAAGCAUGGCGGAAUAUGCCCAAUGGAAACGAUCAACGGCAAGAAGUUCGCUGUGUUGUCGAGGGG